GGGGCGCGGGGAGGAUGGGGCUCUGAGGGCGGCCACCGCGCCGGACACCCCGCGCCGCGCCGAGCGGGAGCAGCGGGUGCCGCGCCGGGGCUGCGGGCCGUCACAGGCCCUGCCGCUGUCUUGAGAGUCGGAGGAGGCGGUAGUGGAAAAGAAAAUAUCAAGAUGAGUAAAAAGCCUCCAAAUCGUCCGGGAAUCACAUUUGAGAUUGGUGCUCGUUUGGAGGCACUGGACUAUUUACAAAAAUGGUAUCCAUCUCGUAUUGAGAAGAUAGAUUAUGAAGAGGGGAAGAUGCUGGUCCAUUUUGAACGUUGGAGUCAUCGCUAUGAUGAGUGGAUAUACUGGGACAGCAACAGGUUGCGACCCUUGGAGCGACCAGCAUUAAGGAAAGAAGGGCUGAAAGACGAUGAAGAAUUUGUCGAUUUUAAGCCUGGAGAAGAAGUCCUAGCUCGUUGGACAGAUUGUCGAUAUUACCCUGCAAAGAUUGAGGCAAUUAAUAAAGAGGGAACAUUCACAGUACAGUUCUAUGACGGUGUUAUUCGAUGUCUUAAGAGGAUGCAUAUCAAAUCUAUGCCUGAGGAUGCAAAAGGGCAGGCGCGCGAGAGGGAGCAGAUAGCGCCGGAGCUGAGAUUAGUGACGGAAGUCGAACCAAAAGAAGAUUGGAUAGCUUUGGUCAAAGCUGCUGCUGCAGCAGCAGCCAAGAACAAAGCAGGAACUAAACCUAGAACCAGCGCAAACAGCAAUAAAGAUAAGGAGGAGAGAAAAUGGCUAAAAGUUCCUUCAAAAAAGGAAGAAACCUCAACCUCUACAAUCAUGCAGGAAGUCCAAAAAAAGGAAGAGGAGCCUACAUCUAGUGACACAUUUGUAGGAUUUCCUAUAGUGGAUGUUCCAAAGAUGGCCUUUGUGCAGGCAGAGAGCACAUUAUCACACAAGAGGAAAAGUAAUCUAGGCAACUCAUUUCAGGCAAAGAGAGCUCGUCUUAACAAGAUCACUGGUUUAUUGGCAUCCAAAGCAGUUGUUGCAGAUGGUGCUGAAAAAAAGGAAGGCAACAAAGAAACAGCUCCAGUCCUGGAGCAGGAGAUUUCACCUAAACCACAAAUUCAGAAAAAAAAUGAAGCUGAUAUUAGCAGUUCUGCCAACAUUCAGAAACCUGCACUGUUAUCCUCAACUUUGUCUUCAGGAAAGGCUCGCAGCAAGAAAUGCAAACAAGAAUCUGGAGAUUCUUCUGGGUGUAUAAAGCCCCCUAAAUCACCACUUUGCCCAGAAUUAAUACAAGUCGAGGAUUUGACGCUGGUCUCUCAGCUUCCUUCUUCUGUGAUAAAUAAAACUAGUCCAUCACAGCCACUGAAUUCCCCUAGAUCCUACAAACAUAGCCAACGGAGAAGAAGAUCACAGCGUUUAGCCACUUGCUCGUUGCCUGAUGAUUCUGUAGAAAAAGUUUCUUCUCCCUCUUCAGUUACUGAUGGAAAAGUGUUCUCCAUCAGUGCUCAAAAUCAACAGUCAUCAAAAUUAGAGGUACCCGAUGUUGCUCAUAUGUCACUUGAGAAGCGUGGACCCUGUCUCCCUCUUGAUUUAAGCCGUAGUUCGGAAGUCACAGCGCCACUAUCCACAGAAUCCACUUUCCGUAAUGAAUAUCCCAGUAAAGACAAGGAAGAUAUUCAGAUGAUUACAUAUCUUUCUUCCAAAGCAGUAACUGAUGGAAGAGUAGCUACAACAGCGUCAGCACCCUCGUCUCAUGUACAUGCCUUACAUCUGGAAUUGCCUUUAACCAAUAGUCUAAAGUUACCCAAAGGGAGUAGUAAAAAAAAGAGGUCUUCCACAUCAGUGAGCUCUGAAGGGACAGAGAUACAGUACUCUGUGCCCGUAAAGGAGAAAUGUUUUGAGAGUCUGAAGGAGAAAAUAUUAAAGAACGUGAUUGAGAAGGACAAGCAUUCAGAAGUUGGUGCAGUGAGAGUGGAAAGAAAAGGAAAAGUAGAAGAGAAGAGUUCCACAACAUAUGAUUUUCUUUCAGGUAAAAAGAAAGAAAAGGAAAAGGAGAAAAAAGAGAAAAAGGAAAAAGAUCAUAAAUCAAAACAGAAAAAAAAGAAGAAAAAGAAGAAGAAAUCUAAACAGCAUGAUUAUUCAGAUUAUGAAGAUAGUUCCGUUGAAUUCUUGGACAGGUGCUCUUCUCCAUUGACACGGUCCUCAGGAAGCUCUCUGACUUUGCGCAGCAUGUUCUCAGAGAAGAAUACAUCAUACCAGUAUCCAAGAGCUAUCUUGUCUGUUGACCUUAGUGGAGAAAACCUUUCAGAUAUGGAGUUCCUGGAUGAUUCCUCUACAGAGAGCUUGUUACUUAGUGGUGAUGAAUACAAUCAGGAUUUUGAUUCAACUAAUUUUGAAGAGUCUCAGGAUGAAGACGAUGCUCUCAAUGAAAUUGUUAGAUGCAUUUGUGAACUGGAUGAAGAAAAUGGCUUUAUGAUUCAGUGCGAAGAAUGCUUGUGUUGGCAGCACAGUGUAUGCAUGGGAUUGUUAGAGGACAGCAUUCCAGAGCAGUACAUCUGUUAUAUUUGCAGAGAUCCACCAGGAGAAAAAGGUCAUUCACAAUGUCAGUAUUUUAAAGUGUAUUGGGAUAAUGGGCAGAAAGGAGAUAGACAGGGUAUUCUCCUGAAAGGUCAGAGGUGGAGUGCCAAAUAUCUUUACGAUAAAGACUGGCUAAACAAUGGACACAUGUGUGGAUUAUCAUUUUUGAAAGAAAACUACUCUCAUCUUAAUGCCAAAAAGAUUGUGUCAACACAUCACCUACUGGCAGAUGUAUAUGGUGUAACAGAAAUUUUGCAUGGACUGCAGUUGAAGAUUGGAAUAUUAAAAAAUAAACAUCACCCAGACCUUCAUCUCUGGGCUUACUCGGGAAAGCGAAAAGAACAAGAACAAAUAAGUCUUGGGGUAGAGAAAAAGAUAGUGACUUUUCCACAUGCUAUUAAUCCAACUGAAAGGACGUAUCACAGUCAAAACCAUAAAGAACCACCUAGUUUACCCCAGAAAAUGGAAGAAACAUAUAUCACGAGUGAGCACAGUUACCAAAAGCCACAGAGUUUUGGUCAAGAUUGCAAAGCAGUCGCUGACCCUAUGAGUUCAGAUGAUGAAGAUACAAGUAGUUUUGAGGAAGACCAGGAAUUUUGUUCAGAGAACAAAAACUGUUUACAAUAUUCUUUUAAAGAUGAUGGCAUGAAUGAGCAGAAGAAUUCUGCUGAAGGAAACACUGUGUUUGUUUGUAAUGAAAGAAAAGGCUCAGAGGAACAAGUGGAUACACAUCUUCAAUGGCAGCUAAAUCUCCUUACACACAUAGAGAAUGUACAGAAUGAAGUCACCAGCAGAAUGGACCUGAUUGAGAAGGAAGUUGAUGUUUUAGAAAGCUGGCUUGAUUUCACUGGAGAACUGGAGCCACCAGAUCCUUUAGCAAGAUUGCCUCAGCUGAAGCGACGUAUUAAACAGCUCUUACUUGACAUGGGGAAAGUACAGCAAAUAGCAACGCUUUGCUCUGUAUGACAAAAGGAAGAAUAAAGAAAUAAAAAUAGGUUCUCUACGGUGAAUUUUCUUAUUAGCCGCAAGACUGAUAGGAAGGCAGCAAAAAGCUGAGCAUUUAUAUUGUUCUUUGAUGAUUACAUUAAUAGCCUAAAGUUUUAGGGAGUGGAGAGGAAACCUAGAGUAAGCAAUCUGUUAUAUUGAAAAUCUAAAUAUUCAUGUCCAAACAUCAAAAUAUGAUGUAUUACAUACUGGGAAAUGUUUGUAUCUCAGUAUGAUAAACAAGAAAACUUCUGCAUACAGGAAAGCUGAACAAAAUCUCUGCAAAGAACAAUUCUGCUGUUUCGAAACAUCUGAUGGAAAAUUCUAAAUUCAUGGAAUUCAGCUGACUAAAAAUUUUUGAACUGCAUUUUUACAAAAUUCUUCUCAUCAGUAAAAGACACGGAGAGAUCUGCAUCCUCUCUACAAGAAAAGUUUAUAGAUUAUUUUCUUUUUUCAUGAAUGUUCAGGAAAGUGAGCAUAUUAGCUUUGAUUUUGAAAGAAGCUACUUGUCACAGUCUCCUUUUCAAAGUAUUUUUUUAAAUAGAAAAUUUUAUUACAGCACCCUUAGGCUCCUUUAAAACGUAAGUGGCAAACAGUGGUCAGAUGUGCCAAAUAACGUUACAACCACUGGAAUGAGAUUUUCAUUAUGGCUUACAUGAAGGUUUUUUCCGUAUUCCUACUUGGUGCCAGCAAUCCAUCCAAAAUUAUAUCUACUUUACACUUUUUGUGUUCUCUGGGGAGUAUUCAGGAUUCAAAGUACAGUUUUUGACCUGGGUAGCUCUGUUCUGGUGUUACUUUACCAUCCUCAGCUGGGAUGAGGAAUGACAAGAGCAGUGAAACUGUCUGUGGCUGUCAGUAUACUGAACCACUAGAAUAAAUAUUGCAAUAUACGUUGUACAAGAUUUAUUUUUUGGAGAGAAAAAAAAAAACCAACAAAACUUCCAGCUUCAGUAAAUGCAACAUCGUGAAACCAAAGGCAACCUAGUUGCUCUGUUAGCUUCUGCUGAUUUUUUUGAGCCCAGGACUUAUCCUCUGCUUAUAAGUUGCCGCUGCACCCAGUGCUACAUACAUACUUGUAUGUGUAUGUAUAUGUGUAUGCAUACACAUAUACAUUUAUACAUACUAUAUACAUUUAUAUCUACACAUCUAUUUUUUUCAAUAGACUAUAAGAACUGGUGGUUAACAUAAAACGUUACCUUUUAACAAACAGUUUCUAAAAUUGAAAAUAAUGUAUGUACAGGUUUUGAAAUUUGUAAAAUAUGACUGUUAAAAGGAGGCUAUUUAACUGAUGACAAAGAUACUUGAACAUUUUAUGCCUCACAUCUGUUUAUCAGUUCUAGUUAUCUGUAUAAAUGCAUUUUAGAACCGAUAGACAGUAAACUUGAAUUUACCUUUUGAUAAGAGUACAAGCCACUGUACAUUCAAAAAUUAUUUAAAUUUGCAAACACACUGUUCUAUAUGUAAGGUACUGUAUGUAAAACUGUUUAUUAAAACUAUUCUGCGUACUCUACAUUUUCAAUUUUUCUUCCUGAUCUACAUACAAAUGUGUAUUAUAAUAAUGUACAGACAUCAGAAAUUCUUGGAAUGCCUUUUGAGGAUUCAUAAAAUUGAAAAAUGUGCCAAAGAUGGUUUAACUGGGAAAGACACUGCAACCUGUGCACUGAACUUUUAUGAUAAAAGCAUUAUUGAGACAGUAGCGUGGUGGCUGCUAAAAAAAAAAAAACCUUCCCUGACAUUUCUUGUCUGUCUGUCAUGUCUCAAGCUAUCACUUUUGAUGUCCAAAACAAAGUGUGUAAGCCCAUGUUACAGAGUGGUUGCUAUUCAAAACAUAUUGCCACAUCAAGCGUAUAGGAGGUAUUGCAGAGCUAUAUGAUAACAUUGAAGGUAACUGUGGAAUCAUGAUUAGCAACUUCGCAAUACAGCAGGAGGAGUUGUUGACAUUUUUAUAACAACUGUUAAUAAAGAAAAUAUUCUGAUGCUUUA